AGGAAAUGGAAGCGACACGAAAACGCGCUGAAGCAGAAACACGAGCUGCUGAAGCUGCAGAAAAAUUACGGAAGGAACGAGAAUUUUUGGAACAUAAGAGACAGCGUGAAGAGAAAAUGAAGGAUUGGACAAAUUUGCUGGAAAAGUUAAAGCAAGAGGAGGAGGAAAGACUAUGUAUUUUGGCGGAACCAUUGCGACAGUAUCUCACAAAGUACGUAUUUCCAACGUUGACAGAGGCUUUGAUAGAAGUUGCAAAACUACGACCGGAGGAUCCAAUAGAUUUUCUCGCCGAAUAUUUAUUCAAGAAGAAUCCCGAGGGAAAAAUGUUCGAGCCGGAUUAUACGGAAACAAUGAGUAUGCUCUUAGACGCUAUCGGACGGCAACAAAACGAUGUCCUUCCGAGCGAAAGAUUGAAAGCUGAUAUAGAGAAAUUUCUAAAGAAGCAAGAUGAAUUAUCCACCGCGGAUGAAAUAGAAAAAAGUGAAAUGCAGGACGUCUGCGAAGAGAUAAAAACGAUAUCAAUCUUUUCUGAGCAGACUUCCGAGUACGAAGAGAUUGAUGAUUUUGAAAAAGAAGAGUUGAAUUUUACUGAACAAAUAAUCGAUGAAUUCGGAGGCGAAGCAUAAUACAUUCGUCAAAUCAACCUUAAUAUAUUUGAAGAUUUUGUAAUUUUUUACUUAUUAA